CCUCUUCCGUUUUACGAGAAUUCUCGUGUUGUGCGAGAAACUCCCGCAGUUUGCGCAAACGUUCAUUGACGAAGGUAGUGUUUUAUAGUGAGAGUUGGUUAGCACAUUCCGCUGCCCAGAAACAGCUUUGCAAUAUUAUAUCGUCCACAUGAUGUGGUAAGCGCAUUGAACGCCUUCUCGCCGGCUCUCGCUCCCAAACUCUACGGAUCAUGAAAAUGGUGUUGUCUCAACGGCAGCGGGAGGAGCUAAACAAGGCGAUUGCAGACUACCUCUGUAGCAAUGGCUAUAUGGAUGCUCUUGAAGCAUUCAAGAAAGAAGCGGACAUGCCAGGAGAGGUGGAGAGGAAGUAUGGGGGCCUACUUGAGAAGAAAUGGACAUCAGUUAUCAGGUUACAGAAAAAGGUUAUGGAACUUGAAUCAAAACUGUCGGAAGCUGAAAAAGAAUUUAUUGAAGGAGCUCCUACGAGGGGGAAACGAUCGCCCACAGAGUGGAUUCCACGGCCACCUGAAAAAUUUUGCCUGACGGGCCAUCGAAGCCCUAUCACAAGGGUAGUUUUUCAUCCUGUUUUCAGCCUGAUGGUGAGUGCAAGUGAAGAUGCAACCAUUAAAGUGUGGGACUUCGAGACAGGUGAAUACGAGAAGUCUUUGAAAGGGCAUACAGAUUGUGUGCAAGACAUUGCAUUUGACCAGACAGGAAAAAUGUUAGCAUCAUGCAGUGCAGAUAUGACAAUCAAGCUAUGGGACUUUCAGAAUUACGAGUGCAUAAAAACAAUGCAUGGACAUGAUCACAAUGUAUCUAGUGUAACCUUCAUGCCUGGAGGGGACUUCUUAGUGUCCUCUUCCAGAGACAAAACUAUCAAAAUGUGGGAGGUUGCCACAGGGUAUUGUGUAAAGACGUUUACCGGCCACCGUGAGUGGGUGCGAAUGGUGCAAGUUUAUCAAGAUGGAUCCUUAAUUGCGUCAUGUUCCAAUGACCAGACCGUGCGAGUAUGGGCUUCUGCAAGCAAAGAGUGUAAAGCAGAACUUCGUGAUCACGAUCAUGUUGUGGAAUGCAUUGCAUGGGCGCCAGAGUCUGCUGCUGCUCACAUCAAUGAGGCUGCUGGUGUCGACAACAAAAAGGGUGCCCACACAGGACCUUUCCUUGUAUCUGGAUCAAGAGACAAGACAAUUAAGAUGUGGGAUGUAAGCACAGGCAUUUGUCUCUUCACACUUGUUGGUCACGCAAAUUGGGUGCGUGGCCUAGUUUUCCAUCCUGGUGGAAAAUUCCUAGUGAGUGCCAGUGAUGAUAAGACCCUUCGAGUUUGGGAAAUUCGUAACAAGCGCUGCAUGAAAGUCCUGGAAGCGCAUCAGCAUUUUUGCACCUCAGUUGAUUUCCACAAGAGCCAUCCAUAUGUAAUAUCGGGCAGUGUUGACCAAACAGUGAAGGUGUGGGAAUGUCGCUAACUACUACUGUGAAUAAAUAAUUGGUGAUAAAGCAGCUUAACAUCGUAGAUAAUUAUUCUUCAACCCUCCUAAUUUAUGACCGGGCCCUGACAUUAUGAAAUUUUGUUUGCUUACAAUCGAAGUUUCUCCCCUGCCUAGUCCUUGAUGGUCCAGUUGGAUGUCAACUUUGUGAAUCAGUCAAGGAAAGGCAGAGAUGGAGUGGUGCGUAAAGUAGCAAACAAAACAAGUUUUUGGAGGUGCUGGCAUCGAUGGCUUUACGUGCCACUUCCUCUCAGUGAAGAAAAUGCUAAUUUUGUGGCUGAGACAUGUUUAUUAUUGUGUAACUUUAAGUGGACAGACAUUUUCUGCACAAAAAUGAAAAUGUUUUGGAUACAAUAAAAGUGUACAAGUGGCCAUGAGAGGAUUGGAAGACAAGCCAGCAAGAGGUUUAUCGUCAUUAGAUAUCUGCAUGCCUCCAAAUCCAAGCACAAAGCUGGUUAUAAAGACUCCUUUGCCUUUUCCUUUUUAUAUAUAUUUAUUUUGGUGAUGUACCUCUUGCUGUAAAGUUUUUGUUAUGCAGAAUUCUGUAAUUUAUCUUUUGAAUAGAAUCUUUUUGUUUGAGCUAACCAGUGCUGCAACAUGUUUGUUGUUAAAUCAGUUGUCCACAAGAAAUAGCAAAUAUGACAAAUAUGCAGCCGCCAUCAAGUUGAUGAAGUGCUGUAUUUUCAUAUAUAAGAUUGUGUUAUUUUUUAAGAUUAUGUUGUGUACAGUCUCUGACAUUUGAGAUACUGGUAUUUUUAUUUCAUUUCACCAGAAACAAAGAAAAUGCAUGCUUACAUUCAAAACCAGUUUUGCCUUGAUGAUGUCCUGUUUUCCAUGGCUUCAAAAAUUCAGGAAUUUUUGCUUUUACUUAUUGGGCUCAGAAAAAGAAUAUGUUAAGACUGAAAUUGUAGAAAUCAACUGAUACUCAUCAUGCUUGUUCUUAUCAUAACUCCUUCCUUUAUCAGAAAGCUACAUACUGUAGAUUUGCUUUAUUUGGUAACUACUUGAAACUAUUUCCAAAACAUGCCAAAGAAGCUAUGGCACAUUUGUGAAAUUAUAUUGUUUGAUGUAACCUAGUUGGCUCUAUAAAGUGUACAAAGAAUUGAAAGGCACGUUUUAUUUCUCUUGUACUACUAGUCUUACAGUUAUUUCUUUUCUUCACUUUUUAACACACUUCUUUGAUGUAAAAGUGCAAAAUAUUUUCAUAGAGGGGGAUUUAGAAACUGUCUUAUUAAUCAGUAUUUAAUAAGUGUACUUCAGACUAAAAGCUACACAAAUUUUUGACAUAUUAAAUAGCAUAUUUAAGGAGGAAAUUAUAUGUACUGAAACACAUUUCAGUAAAAAAUGACUGAAUGUAAAAACUGCAUGUAAAUGAAUACCUUUUUCCAGCUGUCAGUCAUAAGUUUGUUACCUACAGAAAAUUGGACAGUUAUUAAAUAAAAUCAUUAGACCAUUACUACAUAUGGUACUAAGUAUUGAGCGCUUUUAAAUUUUCUGCAGUAUAUGUAUGUUUAUAUAGAUAUAUAUAAAUUUGAGCAGCAGUGUACUAUCACAGUAGUAGUCCCUAAGUUAUGCAAAAACUUUUUUGUUGUCAUCUCAGAUGUGAAAUAAAAUUAUUGCAGUGGUUGUUUCUUAUACUGUUCUGCUAAGAAAUAUGUUCAUUUUUUUAUACUCUCACUUUUUCAUUUAUAGGUAAUUGCUCUUACAGUAGCCCCUGUAUUUAGGUGCUUGAAGACUUACUGUUGUUAUUAACAAAUGAUACUCUCUAUACUAUUUGCAUCUGUAAUUGCAAGGAAUUGUAAAAGAUGGUGUGCUGAAGCAACAAUAACAACAUUGGAGAAUGAGAUUCCAAAAGCGAUAUUACUUAUCAGCUUGAGUACCAUUUAAAACACAUGUUUAACCUGUUGUGUAUUCAUUAUGCUUGUGUUUCGUCAUUCCUAGAGAUUCACAGGCACCUAUCAGACAUUAAAAGUCCCCUUAACUCUUCCCAGUAGUGAUCUAUUUAUAUCAUUCUCUUUGUAAGUGAUGAAAUUUUAAUAGAGCUCUUUCACUGUUUUUGCUUCCAUUCCCACCCUUCUUGUAUCUUUUCUACGUAUGUCCGGUCAAUAUAAAGCAGUAUCUUUUUUUACUGAACACACUUUGUAUUUGAUUGGAGUAACCUAACAAUAUUAAAACUUGAUGCUACUGA